CCCCGUGCUGGGCCACACUCGGUCGCUGAGCUUGAGGGGCCACGGCCCUGGAUACAGCACUUCCGGGUGCCCCCCGAGGGGUCUGUCCUUAACUGCACUGGUCCUAGUAGUCCUUUUUAUUGUAAAAAAGCCCCUUCUUUCUGAUAGCAAAAGAUCUACAGCGAUCAAAAGUCUCUGAGGCUUAAUUGAUAUCCACUGGCUGUAUUGAACAGUAUUCACAACUGCUACCCUGCAUAUUCUCGGAAACGUAUGAAAUUAGAUCUACGUAAAUAGACUUUUCCUUUGGAUUAGUCAAUGAAACGUUUUCUUCCCCCAUUCAGAUUAGUUCUUUUGGCGAUUCAACACUUGGAGAGGAAAAUGACAUCGAUUAUCAAGUUGACUACGCUUUCAGGGGUGCAGGAGGAAUCUGCCCUUUGCUAUCUGUUGCAAGUAGAUGAGUUUCGUUUUCUUUUGGACUGUGGCUGGGAUGAAAACUUUUCUAUGGAUAUUAUUGAUUCUCUGAGGAAACAUGUACACCAGGUUGAUGCAGUUCUUCUUUCUCAUCCUGACCCUCUACACCUCGGCGCCCUUCCAUAUGCAGUUGGAAAAAUGGGGUUGAAUUGUGCCAUUUAUGCAACUAUUCCUGUAUAUAAAAUGGGACAGAUGUUUAUGUAUGAUCUCUACCAGUCCCGCCAUAAUACUGAAGAUUUCACGCUUUUUACGUUGGAUGAUGUAGAUGCAGCCUUUGAUAAGAUACAACAGCUGAAGUUUUCUCAGAUUGUGAACUUGAAAGGCAAAGGACAUGGUUUGUCAAUCACACCAUUGCCAGCUGGCCACAUGAUAGGAGGCACAAUUUGGAAGAUUGUCAAGGAUGGAGAGGAAGAAAUUGUUUACGCAGUUGAUUUCAACCACAAGAGGGAGAUCCAUCUGAAUGGAUGUUCCUUGGAAAUGUUGAGCAGGCCUUCAUUGCUUAUUACAGAUUCAUUUAAUGCUACUUACGUACAACCCAGGAGGAAGCAAAGGGAUGAACAGCUACUGACUAAUGUUCUGGAGACAUUACGAGGUGAUGGAAACGUGUUAAUAGCCGUGGAUACAGCAGGCAGAGUUCUGGAACUUGCUCAACUUCUCGAUCAGAUCUGGAGAACGAAAGAUGCAGGAUUAGGAGUCUACUCUCUAGCUCUUUUGAAUAAUGUCAGCUACAAUGUAGUGGAGUUCUCCAAAUCACAGGUUGAAUGGAUGAGUGACAAGUUGAUGAGGUGCUUUGAAGACAAGAGAAACAAUCCUUUUCAGUUCCGCCAUCUCUCCUUAUGUCAUAGUCUGUCUGAUCUGGCUCGAGUGCCUAGUCCAAAAGUUGUUCUUGCCAGUCAACCUGACUUAGAGUGUGGGUUUUCUAGAGAUCUUUUCAUUCAGUGGUGUCAGGAUUCCAAAAACUCUAUAAUUUUAACUUACCGCACUACACCUGGAACAUUAGCACGAUUCCUGAUUGAUAAUCCUUCUGAAAAAGUUAUAGAUAUAGAGCUGAGAAAACGUGUCAAGUUGGAAGGAAAAGAACUUGAAGAAUACCUAGAAAAGGAGAAAUUGAAGAAAGAAGCAGCUAAGAAGUUAGAACAAUCUAAAGAGGCAGAUAUCGAUUCCAGUGAUGAGAGUGAUGCUGAAGAGGAUAUUGAUCAGCCAACUGUGCAUAAGACCAAACAUGAUUUGAUGAUGAAAGGUGAAGGUAGCCGGAAAGGAAGCUUCUUCAAACAGGCAAAGAAAUCUUACCCAAUGUUUCCGGCCCCUGAAGAAAGAAUUAAAUGGGAUGAAUAUGGCGAGAUUAUCAAACCUGAAGACUUUCUAGUUCCAGAACUUCAAGCAACAGAAGAAGAAAAAAGCAAAUUAGAGUCUGGUUUGACAAAUGGAGAAGAGCCUAUGGACCAGGAUCUAUCAGAUGUUCCUACCAAGUGUAUUUCUGCAACAGAAUCCAUGGAAAUUAAAGCCAGAGUUACAUACAUUGACUAUGAAGGACGCUCAGAUGGGGACUCAAUUAAAAAAAUUAUUAACCAAAUGAAACCAAGACAGCUGAUCAUUGUCCAUGGACCACCUGAGGCCAGUCAGGACCUUGCAGAAUGUUGCAGAGCUUUUGGUGGAAAAGAUAUUAAAGUUUACAUGCCGAAACUGCAUGAAACUGUAGAUGCAACCAGUGAAACUCACAUUUACCAGGUCAGGUUAAAAGAUUCUCUUGUCAGCUCCCUUCAGUUCUGUAAAGCCAAGGAUGCUGAGCUUGCAUGGAUAGAUGGUGUUUUGGACAUGCGGGUUUCGAAAGUGGAUACUGGAGUUAUUUUGGAAGAGGGGGAGCUGAGGGAAGAUGAAGACUUAGAGAUGCAAGUGGAUAUGCCUUCUUCAGACUCCAGUGUCAUUGCACAACAGAAGGCCAUGAAAAGCCUCUUCGGUGACGAUGACAAGGAGAUGUGUGAGGAGAGUGAGAUCAUUCCUACUUUGGAACCUCUGCCACUUCAUGAGGUUCUUGGACAUCAGUCUGUGUUUAUGAAUGAGCCAAGACUGUCUGACUUCAAGCAAGUCCUCUUGCGAGAAGGUAUACAAGCUGAAUUUGUAGGAGGAGUGCUUGUGUGCAACAAUUUGGUGGCUGUUCGCAGGACUGAAACAGGGCGCAUUGGAUUGGAAGGCUGUCUCUGUCAGGACUUCUAUAGGAUAAGAGACCUUUUAUACGAGCAAUACGCCAUUGUCUAAGGAAAGUGCUGCAAAGAUGUUUUUACUUGAACUUUUAAAGACAGUGGGGAUUUCUCCCAGUUCUGAGGUUUUUGUAGUUUUCUAACUUAUACGGGGGAAACCUAAUUCAUACAGAACAAUUAACUACCCUGAACGUGUAUAUAACUGUUACUCUCGUUCUUCAUAAAUCUGUUGGUACAUUCCAUGUUGAUGACUUUCAAACUGUUAUGGCUUGCCAUCUCUCACAUAACACAUUAUAGAUGAGUUUACAACAAUGAACCCUUCUUGGAAAAGGUUCAAUUUGUCGGGACAUGGUUUUGGUUUUAUAGAUUCCCUGCCAAAGAGUACAAAAUACGUAAAAGUCAUUCUUCUGUUCUAAAAUAAGAUUAGAUAGGGAACUGUGGGGUUUCUUUUGGUUUUGAGUUUUGUGUGGUUGGUUUUGGUUUGUUGUUUUGUUUGUUUGUUUGUUUUUUAAAUAACUUCAACUUAGGGGAGAGUCUUGAGUCUGUCUUUUUUUUCUCCCCCUUCCCCCCCCCCCCCAAAUUGAGGUUAAUUAAAGUACAUUUUUAAUAGCCCACUUAAAGCUAGACUACCUAAACUUUCCCCCAGUUUUAAUCUGGCUGCCUCUUAAUGUUGUAUCUGCUCCAUCUUACUGAUUUAUUCCAGAACAGCAUUUCAUAUUCUAUGUAAAGUAUUAAUCUGUAUCAUCAAAAAAUUACUUUGGAAAGGUACUCUAAGAAGAUUGGAUAAUAUUGUCAAGCAGUUUAAAAUCCAGUAAUUGUGUGCUUCAGAGUAACUUCUGUACAAACUCACAGAAUUUGUAACUCCUAGCUUUUGCAAAAUUAUGCCAACUAUAAAAUAUUUUCUGAGUUCUGAUUUUAAUACUUUCAAAGUCCAGAGUGCCAUGAGACAAGUUCAGGAAGAUCCUUUAUCUUGAAAUCCGAAUUCAUGUGAUGUAUUUAAUGCUUUUGUGCCACGUUUCAUUCUAGUUGCAUGUUUUGUGCCAUUUUUCAUUGUAUUUGACAGUGGGACUUACUGUAGCUGCUGAUGCUAGGAACUGACCUUACUUUUUAGGUGAAGAUGAGCACAGCUUUGGGCGCCUUAAUCUCUCAGAAAUUAACUUAUGCAAACAAAUGGCCUCUUGAGAGUUUCUUUAAUCCUUUUUUCCCCCCGUCCACGUUUGAAACACCAGCUUUGGCAGCAGAGGGUUGCUUGCUUUUUUUGCAUACAACAGCAAUGUUAUAUGUGCUCUCUGUGUGUAUGUUUAAAUAAAACCUUUUGAAAACAUGGCAAAAAAUAGCCCGGUGGGCUAUCAAUGGAAAGAUAAUUUACUUUACAAUUCAUUCUUGACAAAUAGUUUUCUAUCUGAUCUACAGACUAUUUAUUCUGUUUAAAAUAGUAACUUAAAACUGAAGACCAUGUUAAAAAAAACCCCAAACUGCUAGAACUAUAUACUAAAAAUGUAAAAAUCUUAAAAAAUUUAAGGCUGAGUGAGAAUGUAUUUUGUUACACAAAGAAAAUCUUGGCUAGGAAUGACUGAAUGGCUCAAUGCUUUUUUUUUUUUUAACAGUGUAGAAAAAUAUUUAUUUUCCAUUAUAUUGACAGUCAGAACUUAGAGAGGUGUUCUGGUUUUGUAGCUGUUUUGUAGCAGUGAUAUGUAAAUCUAUAUGAUACUGGAUGCUUCUUGGUGAAUACUGUUGUAUUACUAUUGUUGCUGAUACUAAUGAACUUUUAUAAAGUGAGUUACUUUGUACGUAAUCAUGUUGGGCUUAGGGCUUAGAGUGGGCAGAGAACACACAUGCCUGCAUGGAAUAUACUAAUAAAGGAAAAAAAAAGUUAGGAAAUUAAACUAAAAAUAGUGUUGUUUUUAGAAAGGGAUAAAGACAACAAUGUGAUCAUAAGCCUUUCUAUCAGUUUUGUUUGUUUGUUUUUUUUUUUUUUUUUUUUUUAAGCAUUCCAGAGCAGUGGAACAGGCUGCCCAGGGGGGUUGUGGGGUCUCCUUCUUUACUCAAGACCUCCCUGGACGAUGUCCUGUGCAACCUGCUGUAGGUGAGCCCGCUUUAGCAGGAGGGUUGGACUGGAUGAUCUCCCGAGGUCCCUUCCAACCCUUGCUAUUCUGUGAUUAUGUGAUUGAUUCAAAUUCAGGUAAGUUUAACAAAAGUUUAUUGCUAUCAGUCACUAAAUUCCCAUGUAUUCUGGUAAAGAGGAGAACCCAUAAGUAGUGCUGUCACUAAGGAAAAGGCUCAAGUAUGAGCAAAUCAGCUAACUGUUCUUCUUCAGUCUAUCCAGCGUGAAAUCAGACCUAGAAAGCUGAUACGCAAGGCAAUAGUAGUCAUCUGAGUGCUGGGACUGGGGAAAGCUGGUUUUGUGAACAGUUCUGGUGGUAAAGAGGGAUGAAGGGGAAUACAGGACAUCUGUAGUAAACAUAUCACAGGCUGCAGCUGCACUGCGGGGCAGGUGUGCAUAACUCCUUGGCUAUGCAUUCAUCACUUGUAACCAGUGCGGAACUGAAGCAAAUUCCCAUGAAUUUUGCCUAGUCUGCUAUCAGUUCUCCAAUAGGGUUUGGGGUUUUUUUGGUUCUUAACUGUGAUUUGCUUUAAGCGGUAAUUCAAUAAUUGAGCAUCUCUCUGUGUAAUUAUCAGCAUUACUAAUCUGAUUAUUGUUUGUAUCUGAAAUGAAAGAUUCAUUUCCCCUUACCUCCACGAAAUUACAGCACUGACAUGGACUGUAAGUUGUAUUUUGACUUCUGCAUUUUCUUCAUUAGCAGUAAAAUUUUGAUAAGGAGUACCAUUUCUUACCCUUUGCUUUAUUGCUCUUGAGAGCAAGAAUAUUAACUUCAAGUGAAAACUAGUUUUGGUACUUACUGACCGUUUAAAAAUACUUCCUUCCAAGGAUAAUACAGAUUCCUCAGCUAAGAAGAGCCAAGGGGGUAUAGAGACACAGGAAGGGCAGACACUCGCUGUCGCCCAUUCCCAAAGCCUGUAGUAUUUGUGGCUAAAUCCUAGCUUUUGUAUUCUCUUCUUUUUGGCCCUAUGUAGUAGAAUAUGCAGAAGAUUAAGGGAAUGUAGAAGCAGGACUCUUUAAUUCU